AUGCCUACACCAACAUUUCCGCGCGCGCCUCGAACUUCCCCCGUGCCCACGCAAAACAUACUCCUCUUCCUCAUCGCCUUCCGUCUCAUCAAUGCGUUCGCAGUUCGGACCUUUUUUCAACCAGAUGAAUACUUUCAGUCACUGGAACCAGCCUGGCAGAUCGCCUUUGGUCAAGGCCAAGGGGCCUGGAUAACAUGGGAAUGGCGACACCGACUCCGAUCCUCCCUACAUCCUCUCUUCUUUGCCGCUCUCUAUAAAGUCGCCGAUUCCCUUGCCUCCACCCUCAGCGUGUCUCCCGCCACCCGCGCAGAGCUCCUGGUUGCCGCUCCGAAGACAGCGCAGGCCGUUGUGGCGGCAAUUGGUGAUUUCUACACGUGGAAGCUUGCAGUUCGCGUCUAUGGAAAUGAUUCCCGUGGAUCCUGGACAACGCUGGUCGCAACAGUCCUAAAUCCCUGGCAAUGGUUCUGCUCAACUAGGACCCUGUCAAACUGUUUUGAAACAACAAUCACCAUUGUCGCGUUGGAACUAUGGCCAUGGCAAUGGUCAGUGGGCUCUACAGCCGGCGUUGGCCGCGGCGAAAAGACGGGCAAUCAAAUGAGGGGCACGGACAGGGAUCGAAGUGUGAUUAUUAGGUGUGACUGGUCCUCCGAGUUUAUGACAACAGCCACUGACGCUGCUUACAGCUUCCACAAAUGCCUACCGCUGGCGGCGCUCGCAUGUAUACUGCGGCCAACCAACAUUCUCGUUUGGGCAACCCUGGCCGGCCUCGCUUGGCUUCGGACCUCUUGGCCCCAGCGCAAGAUCCUCAUUUUUGAAGUUAUACUUUGCGGGUCGGCAAUUCUCGCGGUGUCUUCCGUUGCAGACCGUCUCUUCUAUGGAAUUUGGACCUUCCCACCGCUCAGAUUCUUAUACUUCAACAUCGCGCAGUCACUGGCUGUCUUCUAUGGCAGCAAUGACUGGCAUUACUAUAUCUCACAGGGUUAUCCGCUUCUGCUCACCACUUUGUUGCCUGCUGCGCUUAUAGGUUUAUACACAACCUUAACGGCUCGGAAAUCUACAGUGGGAGACAGUUUACAGACAGCGAUCCGAGUUCAACUGGCGACAGUCUGCCUUCUGAUGCCAUUUGUCCUUUCUUUGAUUUCUCAUAAGGAAGUGCGCUUCAUCUACCCAUUGCUACCAUGCCUGCAUAUCUUAGCCGCGCCACCUUUGGUGCAGUUCUUUUACCCAGCCAUCUACUCGCCGGCACACGCGCCUUAUAACCCCCGCAUGUUGAUCCUCCUUUUCCUCGUUUUUGUAAACGUGGUCAUUGCGCUGUACACAACUCUCUAUCACGCAUCAGGAACAAUCAAGGUCCUCUCCUAUCUCCGUCAACAGCACCAAACACACUCAGCAUCAUUAACAAAAAGACGAACAAACUCCACCUCUGAAACCGGAAUCUCUGCUGGCUUUUUGAUGCCCUGCCACAGCACACCCUGGCGCUCUCAUCUAGUCUACCCGACAAUUAACGCCUGGGCCCUUUCCUGCGAGCCCCCGAUCGAUCUCAAUGCGACCCAGAAAGCCGGUUACCGAGACGAAGCAGACCAAUUCUACGACGACCCUGACCAAUUCCUACACCAGAACAUGGCUGGUGGUCUCCGUCACUUCCCUCGACGACCCAGCUACAUCUCUCCCGCACACCAUUCUGUAUCAAAAGAUGCCCCCGAUGAGGCCCCACACCAUGAUUGGCCCGACUACCUCAUUUUCUUCGCCCAGCUCGAGCCAACCCUCCGCCCCCUGCUACGAAGCUCCCACUAUGACGAGUGCUGGCGCACCUUCAACACCGCCUGGCACGACGACUGGCGUCGUCGCGGCGACAUCGUAGUCUGGUGCCUGGACACGGUGGAGCAGGACGCCUGGCGCUCCACUGCCCAACGCCAAGUGCAGCAAAGCCGAGACGAGCAAUUCGAUCGUAUCGUAGAAUCGUUCAAGCAAGAGGCUUGCAAGCAAAAACAGCGGUCAUGGAUGGGCUUCCACGCGUCUUCGACGCCUUGGUCCGCAUCGCCUCCUUCAUUAUUUGCGUCAUGGCGACGUGCAGCGGGGUCUCUUUUCUCAUUAUCUCCAAAAGCACCUCUGUCUUGGCCUUGGCAACGUUCAGCGGGGUCUCUUUUCUCGUCAUCUGCAAAAACAUCGAUACCUUGGCCUUGGCGUCCCCCCACUCGUUGGGAGAGCUUUGUAGCGAGGUUCUCAUUCUCGAAGCAGAAGCCCGGUUGGCUUCCUUCUUGGGUGUCGGAUCAGUUGCCUGGGUUGCCGUCUUGGUUGGGCGGAGCUAAAAAAAAACCUACGGAAGCAGAGUUGUGGUCUUGA